UCAUCAUGACAUCAAGAACAAAACUAGUGUGGGUACCUGCAUGCGAUGAUGGCAUAUGGCAUUUGCUACAAAACCUCCCCUCACCACGCUUUGCACCCCGCUUGAAACUUCAUCUACCAACUCCAAUCGAAACAAUUAUCAAGUUACGCAGUUUGUAACUCGAAAGCUUCAAACUUCUCCAUACCUUUUACAUCAAUCCACACAAACUACACAUCAAGAUGCCUCGCAUGGUCGCACCCCCGCCUUCUGGAGAGUUCCAGGUUGUCCUUAGCAAGCCUUUCUCCGGCGCACCCGCACACAUGAUCGAGGUCAUCGGCGAGCCCAACCGCCCAGCCAGUAUCCGCAUGUCCAACUACAACGGCAACUCCAAGUCAUCAGAGAAGAAGGGUGAUGUACCACAAGACGAUGUCAAGGAGCUCAUGUCUCUCAUCUCCACACUCCGCGGCUUCCCUUCGCAUCCCAGCAAGGACGUCUACGGCCUAGACACCAAGGUCGACUUCAACACAAUGGAGAUCCAGUGGGGCAACCAAGAUGACGAUGCCGCUAUGGAUGGCGGAGAGCUUGCUGGAGAGCAGAAGGAUGAGUUCAAGAGGAUUGUGGAUAGCAUUGAGGCGCUUGCGAGGCAGUUCGCUAAGCAGGACUCUCCUGUAUAAAGGAGCAGGGUAUGUUGGGAUGUACAAAGAGAUGAUGAUAUGACCAAUACAUGAAAUAAAUAUCGAUGACACUCUGUUCGCUGUAGAUUCAAACUCCCUUGUGUUCAUCAU